CUACUAUUGUACAUUAUGUGUUAGGGUGGCUCAACAUUUGCUUUGGACAAAAUAAUGUUCACAUGCUUAAACACAAAUUGAAGCAAUGUAGGCGCGACCCUAGAAUCUGGCUAGUAUUGAUUUGGUUUCGGGUCAUCGUAAAAAAUACAUAUUUUGAACCGCAAUGUGAUGAGUAUUUGUCUUUCUAUUUUUGUUGUAUCUUCAAACUAUUACCUGUUGCAAUCUUUGAUUGUAAAAUUGACGUUUUUUUUUUUUUACUUGGGAGGAUAUAGCUUAAUAUAGACUGAAUUGGAAAGAGACACCUUUUUAAUCGUUCGAUAGUCAAUACACAAUGAAAAUCAUCCAUAUACAUCCGGUAUAACAAUAGCAACUUCCUCAAUUUAGGCCUCUUGAAAGUUUGAAACCUUCAAACCCAAUUGAUUUGCCACAAACUAGUAUCUCACCAGCAACGCGUAACGCAUAUAUAAAUUUGACAUUGAGUCGCAACUUCUUCCAUCAUCUGAGCAAAAUCACUCUAGAGAUCAAUUUCUCCUCGUUAACAAUUUUCUUUUCCGUCUUAGUUGCCCAAAGUCACAAUAUGGACAAUUCCCAGAGCGCUAGCUACCAAGCCGGCCAGGCCAAGGCCGAAGCUCAGGAGAAAGCCAGCGGCAUGAUGGACAAGGCCAGCAAUGCUGCACAGUCUGCCAAAGAAUCCGUUCAGGAGGCUGGUUCACAAAUGCAAGCCAAGGCACAGGGAGCUGCUGAUGUCGCCAAGGAAAAGCUUGGGAUGAACAAAUAGAACACUAUACAGUGCUAGAAAAUCCCAUUUUACAUAAUUCAGCAGCUCUAUAUGUUUAAGUUAUUUGUUAUUUGCGUUUUUUUUCUUUUUUCUUCUUCUGUUGGUCUUUUAUAACCAAAAAAUGGUUCAUGGUCAUCUAGCUCUUGUUGAGCUUCUAAACGAUCUGCAAUAAAGGCAUAUAUUUGAUGAAAGCAUCGACUCUUCAUUCUUGCAUACUUUUUGUGAUAUGCAUUAUCCGACCUGGACUCGAAACAUUGUCAUCCCUAUAAUGCCAUUCCGCUCCUUUUAGCAACGACGAUCCGUUGGGUUGGGCCUCUGAUGAGCCAUGUGGGCUUCUGAUAGCGAUUAGCAGGUGGGCCCUUUGUAUUAUUAAUCACUUUAUCUUAAGAACUGCAUUGGACCUCUAUAUUCGCUAUCAGCUCAUUCGGGCCGGGGUGCCACCUUUUGGCCCAUUCUAAGGAUUACUUCCGUCCAACCAGAUGCUGAAACGUGUCCUCGCAAAAUAUCAUAAUUUUAGUUCGGAAAUCGGAUACUCAUAAAUGUACAGGCGGGGUGAGGCAAUGGCUGACGUCAUUGUGAGAGACGAACCGCGGGGAGAUGGAGGCGGUGGUCAAAUGAUUUAAUCGUUGUGUAGAAACCAAGGCAUUGAUUGGUCGGAGCGCAAACAUAAUGAUAUUGGUACCAAACUGGUCGGUGCUAAUUACACUUGUUAAUUGGAAUUUACUUAAUUAUGAAACGAAACAUGGGUUCUUGAUAACAUUUAAUAUUCUCUUCUUCAACCGAUCAUGGGUUCUUUUGGUAGUAGUAGUAGUAGUAGGGAAUCAACAUACAAAAAUGAUGACAAGUGGAAUCGUCUAAUUUGGUGAUUAAGGAUGUUGAGAGCUUUUUGUAUGGAAAGAUUAAGGAUGUUAGUUACUUGAUUGGUUGUUUUCUAAGAGAGUUGGAGUUGGAGCUUGGAUUAGUGGUCCAAUGUUUCUUUACUCUUACUAGUUACAGCGGCGGAUCCAGAACACAGAAGAGCACUGGGCCGCAUUUCAUUAGAAAAUUAGAAUCGUACAAAAAAUAUAAUGAUCAUAGUUUUUUGCAAUGUAAAUUGUACACAACUGUAUUUUAAUUUAGGGAAUGCAUCAAUAAUGAAGUCUACAUCCAUACCAAUAGUAUACAAUGUUUCAAAUAAAAUACUUGAGCAAUCGGCGAGGAAUUCAUUGCUCAUUUUGUUGAGCAAAUCAGUUCUCACAUAUUUCAUUGUUAAAAAGGUUCUCUUCGUAGUAGUUGUUGAAACGAGCAGCAUCAACACUAGAUAAAUCAAUCGACUAAUCAAUUUACAUUGUGUGUCCAUCUCUGCACACCAGCUGCUUUAGUAAAUUUGUAAGGGAACAAACCUCAUAUUUCUUUUAGUCUUUUACGUUUUUAACUUUUUAGAAUUUUAGAUUUCAUUGUUUUUUAAGACGCAUAAUCUUUGGGGCUAAAUUUAGAAUAGUGAUUUGAAUAUGUUCAACUUGAUAAUUUUUCUAGUUAAACCCAAUCUUAUCAUAGAAUAACACUGGAUUGAAUGUCUAAAAUCAAAAAUUUCAUAAGGACUAUAGUAACUACGGAUCCAGAGGAGGGCUGGGCCGGGGCCUGGGGUGGCCACCCCCUGGAUCCACCAGUGAGUAGUUAGUACUCUCAUCCUGCAUUUUAUUUAACAUCAUCACAUGAAGGGAAAAAAAGAGAACUUAGCCAAUAAAAUUGUAUAAAAGUUGUUUAGUAUUUGUUGGAGCCCCCUCGAUCUUCCUUCUUUACUUCGUUCGCCUUGCCUACGUGAAAUUACCUACACACAGAGGUGGGCCUCGUGGCCCGUUAGUCCUCCAACGAUCAAGUCAGUUUCUUCUUUAGAGAGAGAAAUAAUUUCCCUAAAAGUUU